CAGCACAAACCAACUUCACUCCCAUAGCAAGAAGGAGGUGUCGACCAACUAAAAAUGGCACAAGGAAAGGGGGCGAGCCGCCAGGCGUACUUUCUCACCGACCCAAACAAGUACGGCCGCUUCAAGAAAAUGUCGCGAAUCGUCCUCACCCACCCCAACCCUGACGCCACGCCGGUCCGGAACCAGUCCCUUGUCACCAGCGACAUCGCCUUGUUCACAAAUCUGACAACUAUGACAAUCUGCAAUAACACUUUGACUGGGAAGUCGUUGAGAAAUAUCUGCCUCUGCCCUACGUUGUCCACAGUUACGGUCAACAACUGUGCGGUGCCAUAUUUACCGGGGCAGAUGGCUAAACUAGAGCGGCUCGAACAUCUCGACGUGAGUUUCAAUGAAAUCACGUUCAUCCCGGAUGCCGUUUGCAAACUUCCCAAGCUUAAGACUCUCAAGGCACGCGGGAACAGGGUAACCACCUUGAAGAGCAUCAAGUCUCUCAGACAUUCCAACAUGACCCUUCUUGACUUGAGCGAGAACUUCGUCGAAACCGUCGCCCCGAAAGACAACCAAUCACCAACAUUGAGAGAUCUCGAUCUCUCGUCCAAUAGACUGCGGUCUUUCUCCAUGAAAGCGAGCGACUGGCCCGAGUUAAGAAGUUUGAAUUGUUCCGACAACAAGAUGACGAGCUUUACUAUCAUGUUCAGGGUACGAAAGGCAGGGGAGGGGAAGCUUAACAGGUUGUUGCUAAGCAGCAACCGACUCAUAAAAAUCCCGAACACCGUGUACGAUCUACGCGGGCUGGAGAUUCUGGACAUAUCGAGUAAUCUCAUCGAUCUCGUUCCCGGGAAUAUCCGGGGUCUGAGCCACCUCUCGUCCCUCGACGUCAGUCGCAACAGACUCAAGGCAUUGACACUUGACAUUUUCUGCAUGCCGAACUUGACCUCGCUUGACCUCUCUCACAACAUGCUCGUCCGAGCGAACUAUGAUGCUCAAUCCGGGCCAGUGGGCGUUCAGCUGUCCGAGACUCUCAAAUCCUUGGACCUGAGCUACAAUAGGUUUCCUGAUAUCCCAAGCAUUGUCAUCUUGUUGCGUGGUUUAGAAGAGUUAGAUUUAAGCCAUAACGAAAUCACGAAGUCCGAACUUGAACUCCCAGAGAACGGCCCGGACAAGCGGAAUUCGAAAGAAGGAACCAAACUGAAGACUUUGAACUUGGGAGGAAAUAAACUACAAAACCUACCGCUUGUGUGGUGGUCUAAACUUUCCCAGCUGACGGAACUGGAUUUGUCCGGAAACGACAUCAGCGUGAUCCCGCCGGAGGUUGUCAACAUAUCACAGACCUGUAACGUCAACCUAGCCGGGAACCCCCUGCAAGAGCCUCCGUACAGCGUGUGUCGGUGGGGGUUUUCUGCUAUAGCGGAUUUCUACAAGGACUUGAGCGUAGGAGAGGACAACUUUUGCAGUAUGAACGUGAUGGUAGUCGGUGCCAGGGACUCCGGUAAGACGGUGUUGGUGCACGCCAUCAGGCGGAGUGAGGCACGGUUCGUGUCCUGGGUACCUCAACCCACCAUCGGCGUUGAGAUCACCGACUUCGAGCUCCAGAUGCCGGACCAGAACACGGACCAGAUGUCGGAGAUGGACGCGUUCCUCGGCCUGGCGUCCUCCAAGUGCCCGUGUGACAAGCUGAACGUAAGGACCUGGGACUUCUCCGGGGACCCCAGUUACAGCGGCUACUACAGGUUCCUGCCGGCCUCCACACGGCUGGUGCUCCUGGUCACCGAUCUCAGCAGGUUCUCACCGGACAGCUUCGCCGUCAACGUCGAGUCGUGGUUCACAAACGUGUCCAGUCGGUUGCGCAGCCCGAUUGUCAUCCCCGUGGCGACCCACCUGGACGCCAUUCCCGAAGAGAGUAUCAUCCAAUCCCGCUGCCGCACCCUGCUCAGGCUGCUGAUGGAACUCACACAGAGACGGGCGCUAGAGAUACGCACAGCUCUCAGCGAAGCUAAGGUCUCUCUCAACAUUCACGGCGGGGAGCUGGCGAGGGAAAAGGUCGCUGAGUUGGAAGGAAUCCUGAAGACACAACCUGUCGUGUAUUCCAGCGUCUUCUCCGUCAGCGCUAUCUCAGGCCGAGGGAUCGAGUCUCUCAAGCAAAUCAUCCGGAAAUGUGCAAUGAACCCGAAGAUGGUGCCCGAAGUCACCCGAACCUUGCCGAAGUCCUGGCUCGUCGUUCGCGACGGCAUCCGGAAGGAGAGCAUGCCCGUCGUCAACAUGCAGUACUUCAGAGAGUCGCUGUUGUCGCUCGUGCCUUCUGGCCUUAUCCAAUCACAGGUAAAGGUCAUCGCAACGUACUUCAAGGAGACCGGCGACGUCUUGUAUUUUCCCGACAUUCCUGGCAUGGAAGAUGACGUCAUUCUCCGCCCCUCUUGGUUGGUUGAGAAACUCAGCGCCGUCAUACGUCACGACAUGGAGAAGACGCUGUCGUGGCCACUUGAAGGUAAGAAGGAUUGUCUCAGAAAGCAGGGGGUCUCGAAGAAAGACUUCUUCAGGAUGCGUCGAGAGGUCUCAGAGAAAGCAUGGCUGGACUUCAGACUUGUGAAGUGUCUGUGGGAGGAGCCACCGGAGACAUACCACAGGGUUCUAAUGACCAUCAUCGAACAGUUCAGCUUGGGGUGCAAGGUCGUCGCCAUGGAAACGGUACAGCAAAUGUCGUCCGAUGUCCCCGACAAAGCGACGAAAGCGCGGGCAUUUGGACAGAAGGAAGCGGCGAAGGUCCUGUUCCCUUUCUACCUCUGGAGCGAGCGACCCGCGGACUUGAACCAAGCCUGGCCCAAGAAGUGUCCGCUGACGUCACAGGAAGUGAGCGUCACGUACCGGCUGCAGGGGUCCUCUACAACCGGCACGUUCCGCAGCCUUGUUGUCAGGUACCAUUUGAUCAAGCCAAAGUUGGAGUUCCUGCAGCUGUGGAGAGAUGGCGCUGUGUUCAAGCGGGAGGCCGACAACAGAGCCUUCACCUUCCUCAUGACCGUUGAGUCGGCCAGGGAGACAUCCGGGACCUUAACCCUGAGCGUGCGCACUGGGAAGGGACGGGAGGCGCUACAGGCGGUGUGGGAGGUCCUGCUGCCGCUGCUGAUGGAGGUGGAACGGCUGUUUGCUCAGCUGACAGGAGCAAGAGUGGACCGCUACAGCGCAUGCCCCAGGUGUCGCCAGCCGAGUUUCACCGGGCAGUGGACGCACCCGGAGGCCGCUCGGAUAUCCGGAGGGACGGUGUGCUCACACUGCAAGGACAGGGUAGAGUUAGGGUACCUGGUGCCGCCCAGGGAUGUGACGAGCGUGACAAACCCUGGAGGUGGAAGGACCGCUGUGGUAACCGAACCUGAAGACCCCAAACCUCACACGUCAGUGGACGGCAGUGUGGUAGAAACACAUUAG